CUUCCGGGUCUAGGAAACAGCACCCAAAAUAUCCACGUGAACUCUCAGAGAUUGCAAAACGGAGUCCGAUGAGGAGGUGAUUUUCGUUUCUGAAAAGGGUGUAACCAGAUCUACGGAGAUCAUUUUUGAUAAGGUAAAACUACUGGCUCUUCAAAGAGAAAUUGAUCAGCAAUCCCAGCCGAAGGAGGCCACCAAACCUUUGAAAAGACGGAGGUCUGUUGGUGUCGAGGGAGCAGUAAAUGUUGUAAAAAUGAAGAUAGAGGAAGACAAAGUUGAAGAAAACUUUGCAAAGAAGAAGAAACAUAAGAAAGAGCACACAUCUCUACCUGAAAACAAUAAUUGUCCUGUCAAUGAUGAGAGCCUAGAAGUGAAGAACAAAAAGAAGAAAAAGACUAAUGCAUUGAGUAUGGAGAAAGAGUCUUUAGAUGAAGGGCCUACAAAGAAAGAGAAGAAGAAAAAGAAGAAGAGUAAAAUUGUUUCAGAUUCUCUGAAUGAUGCUGAGGCGUCUGAUGUCAGGAACUGUAAUGGUGAAGUCAUGAAGAAGAAGAAAAAAAAGACAAAGCUGGCUGAUGAUGAGGAUUGUGUAGAAAUUUCACUAAGCUCUGUGAAAGAAGAAAAGAUUGAGAAGAAAGUAACAAAGAAGAAGAAAGUACAAGAUAAAUCCGUGCAAACUAAACAAGAAAGUUUAAAGAUGAAGAAAGAGGAGGAGGAUCAGCAAGCUAAAGUAGAAAAAUUACCAAAGAAAGCCAAGAAGGCAAAACAAACUGUUUUAAAUAAAGGCACAGAGACAAAGGAAAAAGUUGAAGAAAAGAAGAAAAAGGAAACAACCAGUGAAGAAAUGACAAAAGCUGAGGAUGGAAUAAGUGCACAUAAAAAGAAAAAGAAAACUAAAACAAAAGCAGCUGAGAAUGAGGUGAAGGUAGAAAUAAUGGAGAUGGAGACCAGUGAGGCUGAAGAGCUUAAAGUGAAGAAGAAGAAAAAGAAAGCUGAUGAUGCAGACAAUGGAUCGAGUACACACAAAAAGAAAAAUCAAGGUAAAAUAAAAGCAGCUCAAAAUGGAGUGAAGAUAGAAACACUUGAGACAGAGACUGAUGAGGUUAAAGAGCUGAAAGUGAAAAAGAAAAAAAAUAAACUAAAGGAAAACGAAGCAGGAACACCUCAGACCAAAGACAAAAACAAAACAAGCAAUGAGGACAAAGACAGUGUCCCCAUAAAGAAACAAAAAUCAGCAGAGAUUGAGUCUGUUAUUCAAGAGGACAAGAAGACUGAGCUAAAGAAAAAAGGAAGAAAAGAAAAGGGCAGAAAAGCUUCUUUAGAGGUCAGUGAAAUAGAGGAGACAGAGCCAAGAAAGAAGAAAAGGAAAAAGACAGAGGAAGAAGAACAACUAGAGAUCAAAAGUGAAGAAGUCGAGAAGAAGAGCAGGGACACAAGCAAAAAAAAUAAAAGGAAGAAGAGCUCUGUUCAGGAGGAAACUGAGGAUGUGAGCUUUAAAACAAGUGUCAAAAAGAAGAAGGUCAAAGAAGAGAUGAAAGACGAAGAUGAGUUUCCUCAAGCAGACGUGGUCUUUAUGUCAGAGAAAUCUGGAAACACUGAUGAGGUCACAAUAAACCAGGAGAGAAGAGUGGCUCUACAGAUGGAGAUAGACCAGGCAUCUCAACCUCCAAAACCAGCCAAACCUGCGGGGUUUGGCCAGUGGAGCACGGCCCAGUUUGACAGCUCUGAUCAGCAGCAGAAGUUCCUCCGGUUAAUGGGCGGCUUCAAAAAGGGUUUCCAACCAGCUUCUGGGAGCUCCGGGGCACCAAAUAUGGCACUGGGGAAGGACGCACAGCAAAAGUUGCAGCAAGGGCUUCUGGGAGAGUUUGAACGUGCACAGUCACGCAGAAUGGACUUCAAUAACAGAGGUGCAGGACUCGGAUUUAGUGCACCGUCCAACAAGAAGUUCUCCAUCGACGUCAACACGUGUCGAUCAGUUCGCUUUGAUGAUUGAUGUUUGUGUAUAUUUGCACAGAUUUUGUUGUUUGUUAGUUAGUUAGUGUUAGUUUUAAAUGUUAAAUCUCUUCAUUUUGAUCAGAUUCAAUGGAAAACCUCUGUUCACAGUGGACUACUUUUUUAAGAUAUAAAUGACAACUUGACUUGAAGUGCUGUUUGUACCUGCUGAAUGUUUGAAAUCUUGGAACUGGAAAUCAUGUGAUUUACAUGUAUCUGAGUUGUUUAUACAUGUACGAAUAAACAUACAGUCAGCCUCUGCACACAAAUAAGCAAACACAAGCAAGGAAAAGUAUGAUUGGGUUAAAUUAUAUUAUCAUGCCAUACUUCCAGAGUGAUAACAUAUUUGUGGAAGAAGGUUAUGGCCGUUGAAAAUUC